GUCAGAAAAGGCAGAACUUCGCGGAACGGUGUGUGAAAUUCGUUUUGAAAAGCUACAAUUUCACCUCAAUUUUGUGCCCAAAAUUGGUGUUCUCAGCUGGAUUCUUCGGAAAGUAGUGCUGCGUGAUAGUGCAUUGAGCUGGCAACGAUGGCUUCGUGGGAGAUUCACGAUGAUAUGAACUUUUACAUCACAGCUGAUAAGUUCUACAUCGAACCGAACGGAAAGAGUGAAGUUUUGAUAAUCGAUCGAAUCAGUCGGGAAACGUCGCUCCAGGUCAAAACCAACCAGCUGCCGCAGGGCAUUCAGGUGCGCAAAAUAUGCGGCAUCUUGGGGGUGAUCAAGCUGAUCAGCGGAUUCCACCUGGUCGUGAUGACCCACCGGGUGUUUGUCGGAAUCAUCAACUCGCAGGUCGUUUGGCGUCUGGCCGGAUUCGACGUGAUACCGUUCGUUCCGUCCCUGACGCAUCUGAGCGAGACGCAGAAAGUGCAAAACAACGUCUACCUGGCGAUGAUCCGGCAGGUCCUGGAUACACCGUAUUACUACUUUUCGUACACGUACGACAUCACACAUACGCUGCAGCGGUUACACUCGAUGCCACCGGACUUUAUGCAGACUGGGUUGUACGAGCGGGCGGACUCGCGGUUCGUUUGGAACGGAUACCUUUUGAAGCACUUCCACCGGCCGGAACUAAGGCAGUACAGUUUACCGCUGAUUCUGGGAUUCGUUUCGGUGAAUGACGUGAUGGUCAACAAUCACAGCUUCCAGUGGAUUCUGAUCUCGCGUCGGUCGGUGCACCGUGCCGGAACUCGUCUGUUCUGCCGAGGAAUCGACCAAACCGGCAGCGUUUCCAACUACGUUGAAACGGAACAAAUCGUCGACGUUCGCGGCGAUAAGGUUUCUUUCGUGCAAACCCGGGGAAGCAUUCCGCUGUUCUGGCGGCAGACGCCCAACCUGAAGUACAAGCCCCCGCCGGAGUUGGUUGCUGGGCGGGAUCAUCUGAUUGCUUGUUCCAAGCACUUGGACGCCCAGAUGAUUCACUACGGUCGACAGGUUCUGGUCAACCUGAUCGACCAUCGGGGAGCAGAAGAUGUCCUGGAGAAAGCUUUCGCUACAACGAUUUCCACUCUAGGAUACCAAAAUGUACGUUACGAAUCGUACGAUUUCCACGCCGAGUGUCGGAAGAUGCGAUAUGAUAGGUUGCACAACCUAAUCGCCAGAUUGGCCCACGAACAGGACGAAUUUGGGGUGUUCCAUUUGAGAAGAGACGGAACUCUGAUGUCCUCUCAGGAUGGCGUGUUCCGCACGAACUGUAUCGACUGUCUGGACCGGACCAACGUCGUCCAGAGUAUGUUGGCCAAGCGAAGCUUGGAGCAGAGCCUUAUCAAAUUAGGCGUCCUGACGACUGGUCAGCGGAUAGAUCCGAACUCGACCUUCGAAUGGCUGUUCAAGAACGUCUGGGCUGACAAUGCGGACAUGAUUUCCACCCAGUACUCUGGCACCGGUGCCUUGAAGACAGACUUCACCCGUACCGGCAAACGGACCAAGAUGGGACUCCUGAAGGACGGUUCCAACUCGUUGACGCGUUACUACAAGAACAACUUCAACGACGGCUUCCGGCAGGAUGCGAUCGAUUUGUUCCUCGGGAACUACGCUGUGAAGGACGGUGAAGGCCUCACCGUCCAGUGCCCUCUGGUGAUCCAGAAGGGAUGGAAAUACGGAACAUUCCCAGUGGUGCUGCUGUUUGCAUUUGCCAUGUUCUUCACGUCGGCGGUCUACCCGCAGGAGUACAACACCGAGAGCCUGCUGUUCAUACUGUUCUGGGGCUCGAUGGUGGGCGUCACCGGGGCCGGUAUCCUCAAGUACGGCGUGGAGUUCGUCGACUGGCCCAAGCUGGUGCCGGCGGUGCGGUCCAUGGGCAAGAUGGAACCCUGACGGUAUCGGUAAAGUGGGCCUCUGGUCUGGGGAAGAGGUUCAUCGUCGCUUCGGUGCGUGGAUUGUUUUAAUUAUUCGUUCCCAAACUCGAUUGUACAAUAAUACUGUGGGUUAAGUAUCAUAAUUGUAGGUCUCUUAAAUGGUUCCAGUUAUUACACUUUUCUGCACGCUUCUAGAUCCCUUUCCCUGUUUCCAUUACCUCCCAUUCCAUCAGUAAGUCGGUAACAAAGGCGCUGUCCAUAAACUACGUAGACUCAUUUUGGGCCAUCUCAGACCCCCCCCCCCCUCCCCCUCCGUAGACUUUUGUUCAUACAAAAUUUUCGAAAUUUGUAUGGAGCGUAGACUUUGGCCAGACCCCCCCCGUCCCCCCUAAGAGUCUACGUAGUUUAUGGACAUGCCCAAAUGGCAAUUGCAAUAAAAUUCCUAGGCAUUCUUCAUGAAUACAGUUGAUCAUUUAAUCUUUCGAUAGAUGUGAAAGAAAAUGAAGGCCAUGUGGCUCAAGGCAAUGCAAAUAAACUUAACUUACUGUUGAUUGUUCAAGUGCAGUUCGAGAGUAGAAUAACUAGCCACAGAAGUCCAGUGUCGCGACUGUUCGUGUGACUAACAUCUAGUUUGCCACGCCCUUACAGCGUCAGCAGCGGUACUAGAAGUGUCAAGUUAAUUUUGUUUACCAUAACAAAAGAUCCUCUACAAGAUGGACACUUUAAAAUAGUAAAUUAUUGCAAAUAAAGUUAUUAAAAUAAUUAAAUAAGAAAACUGACUACAGCGCCAUUAGAGUUCUAGUGUAUUUCUAUUAGUUCGAGAGACCGUGGAAGUAACGCAAUCCCACUUCUCCGCCCCCGUACACAUCCUUUCAACAAUGUUAUCAGGAGUAUAAUAUCUCUAGCUCACAUCUCUUGCACACUCGCCUUUUGCUCAACGAAGCGUGAGCAUUCGAAGAGCGGUCUCGUCACUGUUUGCGCAUUUUGCACUUACGGGAGAGCCUUGACAUGGGGCACAGAACAGAUAUGUAUCUUCGAACAAACUUGAAGUUUCGAGGUGGAAGACGAGAAAUUGUCACUUGGAGAACUAGAUUGGAAUGAAUUUGCAUGAAGAAAUAAAAAGUCAUCAAAGCGUGCUACGCCGCCUCCCUAUGCUCGCUGUGGAGUAAAGCUUGACUUCCACCACCAGGUUCGCCAGUGUUCAGGUUUCAAAUGAGCAGCACUUUUCGUGACGAAGAUUCACCCCCGUCAUGGGGCCUCCUCAUCUUCGUCCAUUUAUACACGAUUGGUAUUUAUGAGCCUGGGUAUCGAUACCGAUUUAGACAUCAUAACAUUGUGAAUCAACCGUUUUAAGGAAUUAUUCCAAGAAUAUCUUAUAGGCUUGAGAGAACUAUAGAAAAGGUUAUGUCAGUCAGGCAACAUUUCUGUCCGUGUACUACCCAUGCUCAGGCCAAAGGUCUGUUUGUAGUAUUUUCCCCGGAAGUUGAAAAAAUUUUGGUUCAUACAGACCUUGGCAACAGUGAGAUAAGCCUCGAUGUGGUUUAGCGGCACUCGGCACCGUUCCAAGUGUCGGCGCAGGCUUUGCAGAGCUUCAGUGGCUGGUACGCUCGGAAAUAGAGCGGCGACAUCGAACGAUACCAGAAUUUUACCUCGUCGCAAUUUGAACCCCUCUAGCUGCUCAACCAAAUCCACCGAGUUUUUAACACUUUUUCCAUGCUUCACAGGGUAUUUUCUCAUUUCUUCCACUAGCCACGCUGCCAUUUUUUCGGUAGGGGUACGGAUGUUGGACGAGAUCGGGCGCAUACCUACCGGAUUCUUAUGAAUCUUUGGUAGGCAAUACAAGGAUGCCACCGUCGGGUUUGGAACAUAGAACUUUCUUUCCAACCUGUCUUCGCCCAUCAAGUUAGCUACCUUCUUCCGGACAUGAUUCACUUCCUCAACCAUUCUGUUAAGAGGAUCUUUCGGCUUUCCGUUUUUGAAAGUAAACUCUUCAUACGGACCGGCACUGAUCAUGUCCCGAACGCGCGAGUCGUAAUCUUCUCUAUCCAUAAUCACUACCGCGUUCCCCUUAUCGGCACGAGAGUAUAUCACAUCACGAGAUUUCAACAGACGGAUUGUGCACCACGUAUCGAAGUUGGCGCGAUUUUUGUUCUCCUUUUUGCUCGCCGUUCUCACUAUGCAUUCCUUAACACUGUGACGGGUGGCUGCUUUAUACGCGUGAUCCUCGAACUGAAUGGCAUUUUCGAUAUUGCUCACGAUAUCGGCAAGGGGGGCACACCAGAUCGGUACAUAACAUCCGAUUCCAACCACUUUGGUGCCCAAAAGCAAGCCGCCUUCCAUUCUAUGGCUCACCGGCUCUACAAUGUACCGUUGGAUAGCGUAGAAUUCAAGGAAGAACAGAAUCGAAUUUACGCUGCAGCCGAGGUCAAUGGAUACAACAGAACUUUCGUAGACAAAAUUCUACAAAAACACAAACGCAAAAAACACCGUCAGAACAUAACAACGCUGGAGCCAAUAGCAGGACAAACAAAAAGGAUUAGCCUACCGUUCUACCCUAAAGUAACCAACCCAAUAAAAUCGAAGCUUCAACGACAUGGAUUGCAAGUAGUGCACAAAAGCGCCAACACGUUACGUGAACUACUAUGCAAUCUGAAGGAUAAGGUCCCCCCGGAUGAGCAGUCAGGAAUUUAUGAAAUUCCAUGCAGGGACUGUCCAGCUGUCUACAUAGGUCAGACACGCCGGAAAUUCAAAACCAGAAUCAGGGAACAUAAGAAUGCCGUUGACACAAACAAACAAAACGAAUCCAGCGUGGCAGUUCAUACAGCGAGCAGUAAUCACAAUAUCAACUGGGAAGAAGCGAAACUGCUCAAAUGUGUCAACAAAUCUUCGCAUUUGAAUGCAUGGGAGUCCAUGUUCAUCACAGGGUCGAAAAAGCAAUUGAUGAAUGAGGAUGACCCUCCCAUCGCAUCGUGUCUCUUCGACCUAGCAGACUUGACGAUAGAGUAAAUUUCUCUUCUUUUGGACGUAUACGAACAACGUACGAACACACCGCAGUCAGUCGGACGUUGUCCUGAAGAUGGGCUAGAUCUCGCCCGAAACCGGUCGACAAAAGGUAAUUUUUUAAAUCUUUUCUUGACGAUUGUAAGAACGAUAAGUGUUGUCUUGUGUCGCGUCGCGUAUUGUGUGUGAAACAGUUAUCAAUUUGCUAUCAUCGAUAGCAAGAAUUGUUUUCAAUUUGCUGUCACAGGAACAUUUUCUGCUCUCAUUUUUUGAUGUUUUAACCGUUAAAACGACCAAAACGACAACAACCUGAAUUAUCAAAUUUUGCAAUAUCACAACAUCAAAAGUAGUUUUCAAUUUGCUAUCAGACUUUGCUCGGGUGAUGGUCAAAAAGUUGCGUUUGCACCAAUCCACCAACAUAUCCACUAUCCGUUGAAGUUCUCUGCAGUCAUCAACUGUGUUGAUUGUGUUCCCAGCUAGGUAUUAUCGUCGCACCACCAAAUCGAAGUCGUCGCUAGAAGCACAUGCGAAGUUGCAGCUGCGAAGUAAAUUUGAAUCUAUUUUUUCUGUUGCGCAUCAUUAAGCUAAUUAUCAGCAACAAUAUGCACUAAUCCAAAUUGAGUUGCGACAUUUCUAAGUAGGUUAAAAAUCAAUUUUCGCACGUUCGGUCACUUCGUAUUUUGACCAAAAGCAUAAUAUAUCAGCACAAUGAUGGAAGACGAACUGAAAAUGAAUUGCAAGCAGUGUUGGUGUCGGCACAGUAUUCCAAUUGCGUGCAUUUAACGCAUAAAAACUUUUCUUAUUUAGUCGGCUUGUGAUCCAGCUUUGUACAAGUGAAACCAACGGUCACAUUCAUCGCAACAUAUCAUAUCACACACUGUAUCAUCCCCAUUACAUAGACGGCAAUAGCCGUUCUUUUUCAAUACGAAGCUUGUAGACAUGUUUGCUGAUUCCCAAGUUUGCUUCUAAAUUUCUUUCACUCAAGUCGCUGUCCAUGGCUGUCUGCACAGUGCUAUAUCUCUUACCACCAAAACUUUGUGACUGUCAGUUCACUUUCACUCAUUCUCCACGAUUGUUCAAUUCAAUAUUGGCGAUUAAAAGUAGAGUAGAUGUCGUAAAAAUUUGGAAGUUUAAAAGUGAAAUAUCAGUUUCCUAGUUGAAUCAUCAUUUUUUUAGUAAAUUUACCGAUAAAAUGUUUUUUUCUACCUGGUUCCCACAAAAAAAGAUUAUCUGGAACGACUCAAUCACUAAAAUACGAAAUGGGAUUCCACAAAACUUAACCUCACUUUAGGAAGCCAAUUGCAAGGGCGCUAGUCACUUACGACUAGACCAAUUAGACCUGUUCAGGCCAGUCAAACAAUCGUGAUUUAGUUUUCUUCUCUGAGUGCUGUGGAUUGCUGGGUAUUCGUUUUCCUAUUCACUUGGUUAUCGUGAAUUGGGUUCUUUUUGUUCCGUUGUGAAUGUCAGUUCACCCUGCUUCACUUGUAUCGCAAGUUUCCUUGCCUGUAGGUUUAUUCGCGACUAUUUGCGAAUGUCAGUUCACUUUACUAUUUGUGAAUGUCUCAGUUCACAAUUCGGAUCCAAUAUAAAAACUAUUUAGUCUUCCACAAAUUUUAUUGUGGGUUCCAGACUGCCCAUAUUCGCAUAGUUGACGUAAGCGCCACUGUAGUUUUCAACACUUGUUAGGACGAUUUCCCGCGGAACUAAAACCACCCAUCGACAGCAGCUUCUUACUCCAAGCAGCUUCAAUACUGCAAUUUAUUUAUUCAAUUAUUAUUACAUUUUUACAUUACUUGGUAUUAAAUCUUACAAUGUGGUAUUCGCUCUCGGGACAAACGUAUCUCCUAACUGCAGUGCCCUUUCUCGUUCACUAACCAAACGACACUGCCGAGUUGUAGAAUUAUAACCACCGUCGGCCUUCGCACCGCCGCGUAUGUACUACCAGAGUUUAAAAUUUUCAUUUUCAGUGAGUGAAAUUCAACGUGUAUUUUGAAGAUUCUCUACUGAGGGAUCAAAAUAAAAUUCAUUUUGGUGAAUGAAUUUUUUCACCUAUUCAUUCAUUUUUCUGUCACUGACAAUUUUCACUGAGAAAUAAAACUGGACCGUAACUCCCGAUUAUACUUCCAAUUACCUCAAAACUUGUGUAUAGUAGUUAAUUAGAAUAUACCGCAUUUAGUUCACCACUGGACUGCGAACUGCGACUUCAUAAGUGCGAAAACGUGAAUAAAAGUGCGCGAUUGCAUCAAAUCAGGUUGAUGUCUUCGGCGCACUAUUUCUUCAAUCUAUGGUGAACAAGUGCUCUGAAGACACCGAGUUGAUUUGAUGCAAUCGCGCACUUUUAUUAGCGUUUUCGCACUCGUGAAAACUAGUGCGAUAGUCCAGUGGUGAACUAAAUGCGCUAUAUUAAUUAUGUUCUCUAUUUGUCCAUUAAGUCGGAUUGUGCGUCAGUUAAUAGAAAUUGGACAUUUUACGACGUGCGAAAAAAUAUUCCUGACAGAGAAUUGAAUGAAAAAAGAGAGGCAUUCAGCUGACAAUGAACAUGGCCAAACACGAAUGAAAAAAUUAGAAUGUCAAUCUUCACUUUCAAUCUUCGAUUUUUUUACUCUCUGUGUACUACACUCUUGCUUUUGAGUUACCAGUUCCACUCAACAGCAAACGUACUGAAACUGUACGCAACAGGGGUAGAUUGGUGAAACUGGCAACACUGAAGAAAUCUAAAUAAAGUAGAUGUAGAGAGUAGAUCGGAUAGAUGAGUAGAGGUGAAAGUGUUGUCGGGAAUGGUAGCAGAAUACUAGAGUCAUUGAAGAAUGUUGUGGUGGGUCAUCUCCGGAAUGGGUAAACACUGGUAUUGACAGCAGCCUUUGGUUUGGUCAGCUUCAAUGCUGUAAAUUAAUUAUAUUUAUUUCAAAUUCAUCUUAUAUCAUGUUCGGGUAGGGAAAUAACUAUUUUCUUGUAGCAGGCAUUUUACGCGCAGCUCAAACUAGAAAUAUAUUUUGAAGUUCAUUUUACAGUUAGUCCUUUAAAUAAUAGCAUUUUACUUACAAGAAAUGUUUUUUUCCUAUCUCACGAUUAUCUAACGAUGAUCUUAUUUUGGCCCAUCAACUCUGCGCUAAUUUGAUUGCUAGAAAAUAUUUGGAUUUCUCAAUUAGUUUUAUCACUACUACUGUGGGGUCAGAAGUCACCAAGUUUCAACAGCAACACUUUAUUUGGUUUGUGCGCUUUAAGCUAAAAAAUAGAUUUUAUUUCAGCAAAUUCAAUUGAUUUGAUUAUAUGAGUGAAACACUUACAAUUUUGGUGUACUGAUUUGAAUUAUAGGAUGGAUCGUAUCGUCAAUUCCACUGAAUAUAGUUUUAGUUCUGCAAUAACAAUUUUACCCUUUAGGUUACGUUUAGAGUUUCGAUCACCGUACUUACUAGAUUUUAUAUAACAGAUUUUAGUAUAAAUGCAUGGUAGAUUUAAGAAUAAACUUUAGAUUUAAGGCACUGUAAAUAGUAGAUGUAAGAAUAAAUCAAUAGUGUAAAUAAAUAUUCAAUCGAAUUCACAGUUUUAUCAACAAAUUCCUCCUUACAUAAUCACUCCGUUUGCUUUGCUAUAUGCACGCUUUGUUAUUUCCUACCUAUCAUGCCAGUCAUUCAGCUUGACAACUGCGAGACGAGUACGGAUGGAAAGUGAGAUUCCUAGUCCAUUGCAGUGCUACCAGAACGGUGGGUCUUGUCGUUACAACUACACUGCACCAGAUCCACCCUAGCGCCACUAGUCGUCCUUACUACAUCGACUGUUGAUUGAAUACAGCAAGAGAAACUUGGCAAAUUAAAGAUAGCUAUUCUUUAAAUUAGCACAUUCUCAACUUCACGACUCCAACUACAAUAAUCCACCUUACCGAUUAAUCACUCGCAAAUAUUCGUAACUAUUUCGUCUUUUUCAACAACUUCACCGAAUCUUCCGAAUCGUUUAUAUAACGUUCACUGUCGAUGUAAACAUCAACGACACGACAUAUCUUUAUUGACCGGUCACGCAUAACUCAGACCCCGACAGUGAAACCUCUCCUCGCUUGUUUGCGCAAUUGUGAUAGAGUUCUACGCCGUCAACAACACUCUUUUGGAAUUUAAGCAAUGAAUAAUUCAAUAUUUUUUACACGUUGUCGUCUAACUAAAGGUUAGAUCUUGUGUUGUAUUGAAUUAAUCUGGUCACAUAUACGCAGAUGCGUCAGAUAUUAGCUUGUGUAUGCUUACUUUGUCAAUGGUGGUUACGUCGACUAUGCUAAUAUGGGCAGCAGAUUCUUUUUUCGUCACUACCGUAAACGCAGCAUACUUUGCGCACUUUUCAAAAAGAAAAAAACCUCAAAAAUUUUGCUAGUUCAUAAUGUGAACUUUUUCCAUGGAAGUCUAGCUAGUGAUUGUGGGCAUAUGUAAUAAAUAUGAGAUUAGAAAAUACUGCCUUUCAACGAAGUUUGGUAUUUUUUCAGCAAACAUUAUCAAUAAGUUCUUUUUUAUUCAGAACUUGUCGCUGUUCGCGACGGUUUGAGGAUGUUCAGUGUUCAAUAUUCUUCACUGCUGCACUCUGGAUUCGGUAUCGAUUUCCACUCAUAUAGCACGUUACGGGAGUUCGAAUCUGUCUCUUCUCUGGCAGCAAUAUAUCCUCUGUGGCAAGCCUCCAAAUAUUAAUGGUAGUAGCUCCUCUCUGGAGCCACCAAAUGUUGGUAUCGGCUCAAUCUUCCAAUUGGCAGCACGAUUGUAGUGGUGUUCCUAUUGCGGUAGGACAAAACCAAAUACUUAUUGAUUGCAGGAGCUCUUUUGUCUACAGCAAUCGCGAUGAUCAGAUGACGAAACUCAAUCGUUUCACGGUACCGUUGCGCAGGGAUACGGUAUUACAUUCCGUGUGUGCCAACUAAAAGACUAGACGGAACGCGUUACUUUCGAGCACCGAUACUACUCACUCAGGGUAGGAGGUUCGAGUGGGAGAAUAGUUAAGAUCGAUACGUCUAAAUCGUGUAUAAUAGCAUCUAGGCCUUUCUAGACUCAUGCUAACGUUCUCGCAUUCGAAAAAUUAGCUUACCAGAGUGAGAAAAAGUAUGAUCGAUCCAAUGAUUUUUGACUUCCAAGUUCUAAGUAUCAACACUUUUGAAGGAUAGAAUUAUCCAAUCGAAUGAUCCGAAUAAUUUAAGCCUGGCAAAUGCUAAUUCAGGAUCAAAGGAAUUUGAGUAACAAAAUAAUACUUAAUUCUUCCUACUCCAAUAGUUUAUCUAUCGGCUUCGAAUUCGGGUACCGGUACGGCUUUUGUUAGUAAAUCGGCUACUUGCUGACGACUACCAAGGUGUGUAAACCCGAAAAUGCUUUCUUCGACCUUCUCACGCACGGAAUGAUGACGGAUGAUUAUGUGUUUACUCCAUGGUGAGUAACCGACUUCUUUCCCAGCAAGGUGGAUCGCGCUUUUGUUGUCGUAGCAUCUGAUCUUCUCGGAUGCUCCAGAUAGCUUCUAUCGUAGUCCUCGCAACCUAACCGCUUCUUGCGCUGCUGUCAAUACAGCCAUGCCAUGUAUUCGGUUUCAAUUGUUGACAAGGCCACUGACUGCGGACUGUCGUCGACAGCUCCAUGAAAUCGGCCCGCCUGAUUUCAUGAAAACGUAUCCAGUGAUGGAACGACGCGUCUCAACAUCGUUGCCCCAGACCGCAUCACUGAAUCCAACAAAAUGUUCAUCUGCUUGUGGUUUUUUUUUUGUUGGCAAAAGGAUACAUUUCGGACGAACGAAACUCCGUGCACAAUACAUUGGUAUGAGAGUGAGUUUGUUCUUUAUUACGAGUGUAAAAUGUUGUUAUUCAGGAGGACGUUACUGGCAUCUCGAUACGACUAACGCAUCGAUUGCAGUUCUAGCAAGCGUACUCCGCGAAAGCAAUUUAAG